AUGCCUCUAAAAAAGGCUGCGGCAGCUGCGGCUUCUGCUCCCAAGAAGGAUGCCCCGAAAACCAAAUCUGCCACCAAGAGCACCACCACUAAGGCCACCACCACCAAGGCCACUUCUACCAAGACAGCUGAGGCUAAACCCGGUCGUGGCCGCCCAAAGAAGAUGAGCACUGAGGAUGCUCCGAAGACUUCCGUGAAGGAGAAGAAGAAGAAAGAGGUGACCGAGGAACCCAAGAAAACAAAGACCGCAAAGACUACAAAAACCACAAAGACCACAACCACAACCUCCGCCGCGUCAAAGAAGCGUAAGGCAGAGGAGGAAGAGGAGGAAAAGCCUCGUGAACCCAAGAAGCCUCGUGUUAUCGCUCAGCCACGCGAGCGCAAAGCUAAGGCCCCUGUGAAGCCCAAGGCUACCAAGCCAAAGGUCGCCAUCAACGAAGCUCCCAAGACUCGGCUGAAUGUGUACGUCUGCGGCGAGGGAAGCUCUGGCGAGCUUGGCUUGGGCACAGCCAAGAAUGUCAUUGACGUUAAGCGGCCGCGUCUGAACCAGCUUUUGUCUGCUGACAAGGUUGGCGUGGUGCAACUGGCCAUUGGUGGUAUGCACUGCGUCGCCUUGACCCACGAUAACAAGCUCCUCUCUUGGGGUGUGAACGACCAGGGCGCCCUUGGCCGCGACACAGAUUGGGACGGUGGUUACAAGGAUAUGGAUGACGGCAGUGACUCGGACUCAGACGAUGAGGACAGCGGCUUGAACCCCCGGGAGUCCACACCUACCGAUAUUCCUGCUAGUUCUUUCCCAGAAGGAACCAUCUUUGUUCAAGUUGCCGCUGCGGAUAGCGCGAGCUUUGCCCUUACCGACGAGGGCAAAGUUUAUGGCUGGGGAACUUUCCGAAGCAACGAUGGAAUCCUCGGCUUCGAUUCAGUUCACGAGGUCCAGAAGACCCCCAUCCUUCUUCCCGACCUGAAGAAUAUCAAAUACCUGACUUGCGGAUCGAACCAUGCGCUUGCGCUUAACGAUAAGGGAGCCGUCUUCUCUUGGGGAUCUGGUCAGCAGAACCAGCUUGGUCGCCGAAUUGUGGAGCGCAACAAGCUCAAUGGCCUGCAGCCCAGAGAGUUCGGUCUUCCCAAAAACAUUGUGCACAUCGGAAGUGGCGCGUAUCAUUCCUUUGCAGUUCACUCAUCUGGCAAGGUCUACGCCUGGGGUUUGAACAGCUUUGGUGCCACAGCUCUCCAAGAGGGCGCCGGAGAUGAUGAAGCCGCCGUUGUGCACCCUGUCCUUGUGAAGGCGCUCUCGUCCCGAAACAUUGCCCAGGUCGUCGGUGGCUCUCACCACUCCAUUGCCCGCACCACUGACGGUGAAUGUCUGGUCUGGGGUCGACUGGACGGAUUCCAGAGCGGCCUCAAGUUGGACGCCCUUAGCAAUGACGCUGUCAUCAAGGAUGAGCGCGGCCGUCCCCGUAUUCUGAUUGAACCCACCAUUGUCCCUGGUAUCAAGGCCGAGUGGGUUUCCGCCUCUUCAGACCACUCACUUGCUAUUGAUGCCGAUGGCCGCGCUUGGUCAUGGGGAUUCUCAGCCAACUACCAGACCGGCCAGGGUACUGCCGACGAUAUUGAAGUUGCCACCAUUAUUGACAACACUGCUGUUCGUGGCAAGAAGCUGAACUGGGCUGGUGCUGGUGGCCAGUUCUCUGUGUUCGCUGAUGCUGCUAGCUGCUAA